CCUCACUCUUCAACAUUCGACCAUCUUAUCCAUUGCCACGACUUACGAGGCCUGAUUUUUGCCAGCUGGCAAGGCCAUUACCAGACAACCUUCUUUGACAUACUAUCUGACAACCAGGGCUGGCGGUUUGCGCAGCUCUUGGUCUGGCAUCUCGCGCAUUUCGACGGCCGCUCCGCACACAAUCGUGACCAUCACCACCGUGCAUUAUGCGAUUAGACAUCAAGAGACAACUCUUUGCCCGCUCAGAGCGGGUAAAGGGCAUUGACUUUCAUCCUACUGAGCCAUGGAUUCUGACAACUUUGUAUAGCGGUCACGUAUACAUCUGGUCCUACGAGUCUCAGUCAAUAAUCAAAACUUUCGAAAUCACCGAUGUCCCUGUCCGAGCCGGUCGUUUCAUUGCGCGCAAGAACUGGAUUGUCUGCGGUUCGGAUGACUUCCAGCUUCGCGUAUACAACUAUAAUACCUCCGAAAAGAUAACCUCCUUUGAAGCUCAUCCGGACUAUAUCAGAUCGAUUGCAGUCCACCCCACCCAACCGUUCGUUCUCACAGCCUCCGAUGACAUGACAAUUAGACUUUGGGACUGGGAGAAAGGCUGGAAGUGUGUACAAAUCUUUGAGGGGCAUGCCCAUUAUAUCAUGGGAUUAGCCAUCAAUCCCAAGGAUACCAACACUUUCGCGUCUGCUUGUCUAGACAGGACUGUGAAGAUAUGGAGUCUGGGCUCCCCCCACGCCAACUUCACCCUCGAGGCACAUGAAACCAAGGGUGUGAACUAUGUCGACUACUAUCCGCAAGCCGACAAACCGUAUCUUCUCACUACUUCCGAUGACAAGACAGUCAAGGUGUGGGACUACACAACGAAAUCUCUUAUCGCAACACUGGAAGGACAUACAAAUAACGUCUCCUUCGCUUGCUACCAUCCGGAACUGCCUGUGAUUAUUUCGGGUUCUGAGGACGGAACGAUCAAGAUUUGGCAUGCAAACACUUACAGACUGGAGCAGUCGCUAAGCUAUGGAUUGGAAAGAGCCUGGUGUAUCGCCUAUCAGCGUGGCAAGCAAGGCAUUGCAAUGGGUUUCGACGACGGUGCAAUUGUGGUUAGAAUGGGCAGGGAAGAGCCGGCCGUCUCUAUGGACGGAUCUGGAAAGAUAGUAUGGGCAAGGCACAAUGAGGUUGUGUCUGCGGUCAUUAAGGGUGGAGAUCCUAGUGUUAAGGAUGGCUCGCCAAUUUCACUACCGACUAAGGAACUGGGAUCCUGUGAAGUUUACCCGCAAUCUCUAUCACAUUCUCCAAAUGGGCGUUUUGUCUCUGUCUGUGGCGAUGGCGAGUACAUUAUCUACACUGCUCUUGCCUGGAGGAAUAAGGCCUUCGGACAGGCCCUUGAUUUUGCUUGGGGAUCUAAGGACAACAGCAACGAUUAUGCUAUCCGCGAGUCGAGUACCAGUGUUAAGAUAUUUAAGAAUUUCAAGGAAAAGAGCAAUGGCCUUGACGUGGGAUUCCAGGCCGAAGGUCUCGCGGGCGGUGUCUUGCUUGGUGUGAAAGGCCAGGGUGGAAUUGGCUUGUUCGACUGGGAAACCGGAGCAUUGGUUCGAAGAAUUGAGGCCGAACCGACAGCUGUCUACUGGUCCGAAUCUGGAGAACUGGUCACCCUUGCCUGCGAAGAUUCAUUUUAUGUGCUUCGAUAUUCGAAAGAAAACUUCAUCAACGCUUUGAACGCUGGUGAAAUUGAUGAGGAUGGUGUUGAAUCUGCUUUUGAACCUGUUACCGACGUCGAGGAGACAGUCAAGACAGGACAAUGGGUCGGGGACUGCUUUAUCUACACCAACUCGACAAACCGCUUGAACUACCUAGUAGGCGAUCAAACUUACACCAUCUCUCAUUUUGACCAGCCAAUGUAUGUCCUGGGCUACCUCCCACGAGACGGCAGAGUCUACGUUUCCGACAAGGAUGUAAACGUUGUCUCUUUCGCCCUUUCCCUCAGCGUGGUCGAAUAUCAAACACUCGUGUUGCGUGGAGACUUGGACACUGCCGCGGAGGUGCUGCAGGAUGUCCCUCAGGACCAAAUGAACAAGAUUGCCCGCUUCCUCGAAGGCCAGGGAUACAAAGACUUGGCUCUUGAAGUUGCCACAGACACGGAGCACCGUUUCGACCUUGCUCUUUCCCUCAACCAUCUAGACAUCGCCCUCGAGAUCGCCCGCCAAGCUGAUGUGGAACACAAGUGGAAGACCGUAGGCGAUGCAGCCUUGGCGGCAUGGGACCUGGCCCUGGCACAAGAAUGCUUCACCCAAGCUAAGGACUUCGGCUCCCUUCUCCUUCUGCAUACUUCCACCGGCAAUAAAGACGGCCUUCGCUCCCUGUCAAAGCAGGCAUCAGAAGCAGGCCUCCACAACGUCGCCUUCUCCGCCCUUUGGACUCUCGGCGACAUCGAUGGCUGCAUUGACCUCCUCGUUCAGACCAACCGUGUCGCAGAAUCAGUCCUUUUCGCUCAGACAUACAAGCCAUCCAGAGCUCCCGCUCUGGUCGUCAAGUGGAAAGAAUCACUCGAAUCGGCAGGGAAGACGAGAGUUGCCCGUCUCCUCGGUAUCCCUCCUGGUGCACCUGAUUCCGAGCUCGCGGACGAUGAUCUAUUCCCAGAAUGGGAAGAGUACCUCCGCUGGGAGAAGGAGGGCAAAGGCCCCGGGCCCGCUGCUUCGGAACCUCUGAUUGAUGUUACCGAUGAAAAGGAAGAAAAAGAAACGGAGCAACAAAACGCCGGGACAGCCGAGGCGGGCGCGGAGGCGAGUGAGACUAAAGAAAAGGAAGAAGAAGAAGAAGCAGCAGCAGCCGAGUAGGUUUAAGAAAAUACAGCGUGUCAAGAACCGUGUGGAAUAGAAAUUGAAUGAAUGGAUUAAUGGAUCGUCGUUGGUGUAUUCAUUUGAAUGAAGGAAAACAUGAAGUCAUUUGCACUAGUUAGUGUUAUUUUUAAAGAUACUUCUUUCUUCGCAUGUUUGAAAUGUUCAUUAUUGACUUACUUUGUUUAUUUUUUUAUUUUUUUAUUUUUUUUCUUUAUCCCCUUUUCUGCUGUUCCAUAUCCUGUACGGAGUAUUUUCUUUAUCCUUCUCUUUUAAUUGUUCUUAUUUUUCCUUUUUACUCUUCUCCAUAAACCAACCAGCCUUACAUUAAAAAUUCUUUUAUUUUCACGUCUAUUGAAUAGGACAAAAAAAGGCAUAUGCUC